UGUUUGUGAGCUGGUCACACUCUGUCACCGUCUACCAAGUUGCUAUAUUAUUUUUAGUGAUUCUUUUUGCUGCAUUUUGUGCAUGUAACAAAUUGAGUACGUUGAUAAAGUAAUCGACAAUAAGAAAACUUGAUGCAAAUACAAUUGGUGCAAAGCAUCAGCCAACAUGGAUUGCAAUCUUGGCAGCGAAAUUGGGCAGAAAAUGCGGAGUGCGGUGAAGGCGAAACUGCUAGAAUUAGGCACAGGCGGCUCUUCCGGCUUCAUUGACGACGAGCUUCCCGACUACGUAAUGGUUAUGGUGGCUAACAAACGCACCAAACAGCAAAUGAACGCCGAGCUCAAUCUUUUCCUUGGCGAGCAGACAGAUCUCUUUGUUACGUGGUUGCAUGAGGUGCUGCAGAAGUUGCAAGAGGUCACGCUACCGGCUUCCAGUGCAACCAGCAAGAAGCGCAAGUCACGACAGGCCGAAACACCAAAAGGGAAGGAGAAGGAAAAAGAAAAGGAUAAAAAGGGAAAAGACAAAAGGGACAAACGAGCGCCUCGAAAAUCUGAUGAAGAUCAGCUUAACAACAGUGCAGAAGCCAAGUCUAGAACAGGAGAUACAGUGCCGGCUAUAACUUCCAUAACCGAUGUGUUUGCCGAGGAGCUGCUGGAAAAGGCCAAAAAGACACUUGACGUAGAUCCUGCACUUAAGGAUGAACUGCUCAAUAAGAAAAAGAAACGCAAGUCGGAAAACGCCACAGAGCAGCCGCAGCCCGAAACCGAAGCUCAGCCUGAUGUACCAACCACGUCAGAGAUAAGCUCAACUACCACUAGUGGCAAUCGUGAAAAGGAUUUGGCUGAAUUAGCUGAAAUACAACGGAAAAUUUAUGCAGCUAAACAACAUUUGCGUAAAAUUGGCGAGCUAGAGAAUGAAAGCGAUGACGACUUGGAGGAGCUGGAGCAGGAGGAGGAUAUACUAAAUCUUAACGAACAGGAGGAAACUCCCGCAAUAGCGACGAACGUUACACCUGUAGUUCAAACACGCAGGGUCAAGAGUCCCAUUGUCUUCAAUAGAACAGCAGAGAAACCCAAAGUUUCCUGUGAGGCCGGAGCGCAGCGUCCUAGUGAGGAUCGGCGUUCAGUGCAUGAUCGUCUGGGCAAUAAGGCAGCGCAGCAGCCUACACCGCCGGAGCGUGCGCAGCGCACACAAAAGAACCUGGAGCUCUAUGUGCCGGCGCAUCGACGUCGCAGCGAGCAGCAGCCGGAGCAGCAGGAGCGCAACCAACGCAACGAACGCCAGUCAAGUCGUAAACAUGAGCCUGUGCGCAGCAGUCGCCGCUCCUCGCGCAGUCCCAGUCCGAAGCAACGCAUAGGCUCACGUGUAAUUGUGGCUGUCAAUAAGCCUCCAGUGCCAUCCGAUGAUGAGGAUAUACUGGAGAAGCCCGUGAAUUCAGUAAUCAAGAUAAAGCCGCGUCCGCUUGUAUCGCCACGCCGGCAAGCCUGCAAGAAUCUAUUGCUACGUGCCGUGGCAGACGCACAACGCUCCACUAUCUUGGCCAAGACACCAGCAGUAACAACAACAACAACAACAACAAGCAAGCAGCACGCAAACAACGAUGAGCCCGAGAUUAUAAGCUCUACGUUAGGUAAGAGGCGUUUAAAUGACAGCAACGCUGUUGUGCCUGGCCAGGAACUAUUUCGCCGCAGUCGCCGUGAGCUGUUGGUUAAUGUGCUGCAAAGAGACAGCAAACGUUCGAGACGCAGCGCAGAUGAAACGCAAACGGAACAGCGAGCACGUGUGGACGAACAGCAGCAGGAAGGACUUGAGCAGGCGGCUGAGUAUGUACCCAGCUUAAGCGUUGGACUUUUUGAAGAGUACGUGCCGCAGCUAGGAACCAACGUUGAGCUAGAAAUUGAUAUGCAUAGCAGCUCUGGCUUAAACACUAGCAACAGCGCCAAAACACAAUUUGUUGUUACCCUAAACGGGGAUAAGAAAUUGGGCAACGCUGCUGCCGCUGCAGCUGCUGCGGCCUAUCGUAAGCGUUCAGCCAAACGCACGCCUUCACCACAAGUGUCCUCCACCAGCAAUCAGACCACAGCAGCAUUGCCUAGCUCAACCACAAGUGGCAGCAACAGCGGAAGACGCAACAGAACCAAGCGCCCACACAGCUCGUCACGGUCUUCGCCUUCCACAUCAAGCAAUACACCGCCACCACGCACCACACGCAGCUUGCAACGCAGCGAAAUAUUGCGACAGCCAAAAGAAGUUAAAAAGCUAAUCAUUAAGAAUAUAGCCGAUGAUGAUGAGGAUGAUGAGCAUCAACAGCCGCCAGCUACCUCACCGCCAAAGCGCGCCAGCAACAGAAAAGCCAACGGGCACAAGCUGGAGCAGCAAACUCGCUCGACUACGCCACCACUGCCCUCAAAGCGAAUCGAAGACAAAGCUGAAGCCGCAACAAUCACAGAUGUGCCAACAGUGAAGGCAAAGCAUACACCCAUACGCUUUAAGCUCAAGCCGGAGGAGGAGCUAUCGCCGGCCAAGAAGCGUCGCUCGGGCAGCAAGGAGCGUGAUAGAAUCUCUAUACGUCAUGCUGAGGAUAAAAAAUAUGACAAUUUGCCAGCCUUAAGCGCCGUCAGCGUUGACUCGGCUGCUUUAAAGGUGUCCAAGCCCAAGGAACGCUGCAAAUAUCAUCCAAAUUGUAGCAAACAAUUUUGCGAGUUCUAUCAUCCGACAGCGCCUUGCAAAUCGUUUCCCAAUUGCAAAUUUGCAGACAAGUGCAUGUAUUCGCAUCCCAAAUGCAAAUUCGAUUUGUCCUGCAUAAGUAUUGAUUGCAAUUUUGCGCACACUGGAGCACGCGAUCUCAGCCAUGUGCCGUUGGCAGCGCCGCCUUUAUCCUCGCAUGUGAUACCCGUGCAGAACUACAAAUCAAUUUCGGCACCGGUUACGGCUACUACUGCAACUACCAUGUGCAAAUAUUAUCCGAGCUGCACCAAGGUCGGCUGCACUUUCUAUCAUCCAAAGCCGUGUCGCUAUGGCAAGAAUUGCAUUAACAAGCUGGAGUGCAUCUUCUAUCAUCCGGAAAUGCAGAGCAAAUUUAAAUGGGUCGCCUCCUUGGGCUAAAACACACAACACACUUCUGCGCUUCAGCAUUUAUUUUGUAGCGCUUUUAGCUAUGCUGAACUGCUAAAAUUAACAGGCAACUGCAAAUCAAUUUUUAAAACAAUCUUCUACAUAGUUAAAUAAUUCAUUUGCUUACACAAAUAUUAUACUAUAAAUAAUAUUUUAUUAAACCUUAGGCGUUAGGCAUAUUAAAAAAAGAACCAUAAUACAUCAUUAAAGAACGAAACUGUUGUCGAUUUGUUGCAUUAUUUUAUAAAGCAUCUAUAAACAACACAAAGCAUAACAAAUCU